AUGCUGUUCAACAAUACCAGUGGUAUGACGGCGAGUGAUUGGAUGAAAUUAGAAGCAUUUGUGGACGAGCUUAAAGUAGCAGACAAAAUAAUGUUAAUUAUUUUUGCCAUAUGCACACUUGUUGGCAACACUUUAGUUUUGGUUGCGACCUGGAGAGAAGCAAGUCUUCAUCAACCAAAUAAAUAUUUUGUUGCUUGUCUGGCUGUCGCUGAUCUUUUGGUUGGUAUGAUUUUAGAACCACUCAAAGCGAAUCGACUCAAUCUUGAUUAUGAAUCGAUGCGUACGAUGUCUAUCCAUCUAUGUCGUUUCAUGGUGUGGAUAGAUACCAUUGCGAUAACAGCAUCUAUUUAUACACUGACAUUUAUCAGUUUUGACAGAUUUAUGAAAAUCAGGAAACCACUUCAAUAUAGAUCCACAAUGACAACUUCCAAAUCAUUGAAAAUUAUCUUUAUCAUUUGGUUGAUUUCAACUGCCUUUGCCACCUACGCCGCCACUCCUCAUUCAGGAAGCAUCGGAAUCUUGACAACAGGCGGCGUUAUUUGCUCUUUAGAUCAUAAUAAAAAGAAAGUAUUCUAUACUUUUGUGUCAGUUAGUGUGUUUUUUUUACCCACUGUAGUCAUACUGGUUAUGGACGCUCUUAUUUUUAUUGUUGUUCAUAAACGACAAAAGAUGCUGAGAAAUGGUGAACUGGGUCAAACCUCCAAUGAUCGAAACCAACGAAGUGCUUUUCUUCAAGAUCUGAAGACUAUCCGAAUGUUAUUGGUUGUCGUGGGAGUGUUUAUACUUUGUUGGGGUCCUUACUUUAUUUAUUUGAUGCUGUUGUUUUACGGUCGAAGUUUUAUUGCUUUCGAUAACAUGUCAUUCAGCUCCCGGCGUGGGAUGCUCAUAGCUGACUUAAUAAUAAGCAAACUUCCUUAUUUCAAUAGUCUGUGCAAUCCAAUAAUUUAUGCCUGUCUGGACCAAACGUACAGAAAGGCUUUCAAAAAUCUAUUUCAGCGCAUGAUGUGUCGACCAAGCUCAAGAAGACGACAACCACUUGAGGCGAUAGAGUUACGUCCACUGAGAACAAGAUAA